GUCACCUAUGGCUAGGAAAGCUUUCACUAGUGUCUCUUGAGGAGACCGUAGUCAAAAAAUGCCACAAAAGCACCAUUAUCACAUCGGAACACAUCUGUGAGAUGAUGGGGACAGAUGGUUAUGUCUGCGUCAAGAUUCAGGCAGAUUGUUUCAAUCCUUUACCAGAUUUGAGGGCUUGAGCGUGGCUGAUGCUUGUUAAGCCUGUUGUCCUUUUGAAACCAAUUUUGCCGUCUAAGAGCUUCAGUGCCCAUGCCAACAUACAGACGGCACACUCUACCGGCGUCACACCCCGGUCUGGGUUUGGCUCAGGCAGGAUUAUGACGCCACUUUCACUGCUCCCGGUCACCGGGAUCAGCAGUCGCUCAACACCACAGCGCUGCAUAUAAUCCCAUCUGGCGCUGCUCGAGAGAAAAGGAUUUCAGGGCCGCCGUGAGGAUAUUGAGAAAGAAUAGGCCUGUGGACAUAUCGCUCUGCCUCACAAAUUGAGAAUAAGAUUGUCAAAUCCAAGAUCCUUUGCUUGCAAUAUGUAGAUUUGGUUUUGUCUGUUGAUCCAAUGUGUUAAAAAGUAUUUAGAAUAAUGGUUGAACUGAGGGUAAAGUACUUCAACGUCAGUGGUUGUCAGAUGGUUUGUUUCAGUACCCAGAUGCAAAAUUCAUAUUUUUAAGACAAAUAACUUUUUACAGAAAAUCAUUUAAAGUAGGCAGGACGAGCACAGGUUCAGGUUGCAGUCUCUAGCGCCAUCUAGUGACUGUAACAAAAAGAAUCACAUUUUCAGCUAAGCAUUUGAAAAACAAACUGCACACUGACCUCAAUCCCAAUGAUCUUACUGUCAAUCACUGAGUCCGUCGAACACCCCCCCCCCCCCUCUCUUUGCAGAGUCACUUGGACGCACAAAAACAAAUAUGUCUGAUGUCUGAUGAAACAACAAAAACAUGCAGGAAAUUAUGACUUCUGUUGAGGGGUUGACCUGCCAGGAUAAAAAUGCGAGGAUCCAUCUGGGUGGCUGUGGCAUUCAGCUGGUGUCUAAAAAGGACCUCCUCACCCGCACACCUGCUCUCCAUCUGUUAGCAGCACAUGCUGGGGAGUCCUCCUCAUGCAUCACGCUCUCUUCAUCCUCCUCCUCCGUAUCUUCAUCCUCCAUGCAGGAUCAGACCAGAGCUCCUCCUCAGCCCCCACAGAGAGAGAGAGAGGUAGAGAAUUUACCCCCCAGACGGCCUCUUAAACUCGCUCCUUUAGAGCUUCCCACAAAGGUGAGGGAGGCACAGCGUCAGAAGAUCAAACUUGUCGAGCAGCGUCCCAGAAAACCAAAGGUUUGUUGGAAAGACAAGUCUCCAGAACGCUACCCACUAAGUAUCCUCACCGAACCCCUGAAAUCCCAACAGAGAGCGACCGGAGCUGUCAAUCAACUCAAACCCGGCUCUGAUAGGUCAACGGGAGGCGAGGAGGUGGGACGUGUGGAAAGUAAUCCGACAAUUAAAGCAAAGUCUCACCCCUCAUCUCUCUGCCAAAACAACAGACCAACACAAGUCUACCCGGCACGUGCCCCCGAAAACUCCAGGCAAUCAGCUGUGCCGUCCAGGAGCCAGGAUGCGGUGAAGAGACGUAUGAGGCUGAGGAGAAGCGAUCGUCUGGAGGAGGAUCAAAGUAAAUCCAGCUCAUCAACAGGUGGAUUAUCUGCUGAUGAGGGCAAAACAGCCUCAGAUGGACCUGGCAAGGGUCAGGGCUUCGCGGAGUGGGCACUGAGAGACACCGGGCACGUACUGGAAAAGACAUCGUGGAAACAGGCUGGGGCAGUGGGUAAAGUCGGGAGGAUGAUGGACGUUGAUGACAUGCAGGAAGCUGUGCUUUGACAUUCUGACCCAAAGAGGAAGCGCGGCACGUGAACACACUUGAACAUGGCUGUAUGGUGAUGUUUACACAGGAUUUGGUCUCGUGUUUUGAGUAGAAGAAAGCACAGAGGAAGUUCACAUCUGUGCAUUAAACCAUGUAUUUAAAUAAUAUCUGUGGAUUAGAUAAUCCACAGCUAGCCGUGCGUUAAAGGAUUUUAAUGCAGGAUUAUCCCUUAUAUAUAUUGUGUAUAAUAUACUAUAUCUGUGUGCUGUGCAUAUUGAUUUUGUAUUUGUCGCGUCGGGUGGUUCUUGGCCUCCGCGUCGUGCAUUAAAACCCUUUAUUAAACGGUCAGUUCUGGUCCUAGAUUCUGAUUGGCUGAGCCGAGUUAUAUAUAAGCCGUUACAAAAAACCCUGAUUUAUAACGGCUGACCACAUUACUUAGCCUAAGCAUCAUUUUAUUUACUUCAUUUUAUGAAACUUUGCAACGCAUAUGGAAUAACCAUUUUAUAAAAGCAUAAGCCCCGUGAAGCAGUGGGUUACGUAAGGGAUAAUCCUCAGAUAGCCAUGCGUUAAAGGGUUUUAAUGCAUGAUGUGGAGGUCAAGAACCACCCGACGCGAAGUGGAGGAAAAUCCUUUAACGCACGGCUAGCUAUGGAUUAUGCCGUUUAUACCAUUGUCAUUUGCCAAGUUAAAUAUUUUAUUGAUGUUUACAGUGAAAUUUUUAGAGCAAACAGGUGAAAAUUACAGUGAUUUUGUCAGUUAAAUUUCAAAUGUAAUCAAACUUACUGGAGCUACCUGUGCGUUAAAGGGUUUUAAUGCACACCUUCCAGCCAAUCAGAAUCGAGUAUUCAAAAAGACCAUGGUAUAAAGUGCAUUUUAUAACAGCUAAGGGGGUUUUAGGCUCUCCGCUUCGCGUCGUGCUACGCUCUAAGAUGUUAUAAAAUGCACUGUAACCCACUGCUUCUUGGGGCUUAUUGCUUUAUAAACGCACGGCUAGGUGUGGAUUAUCCCUUACAUAUAUAUUGUGUAUAAUAUAUGUCUGUGUGCUGCUAAUAUUAAUUUUGUAUUUAUAAAAACACAUAAAUGCAGGUAUUUAAGAGAAACAUAAAACAUAACAAUGAAUAAACAUUUACAAACCAUUUAAAUUACUGGUAAAUAUCAAGAAAGGCAUGUAAAUAUUUACUAAAUAUGUAUACAUGUAUGCGUUUAUAAAUACAAAAUAAAUAUGCACAAACACAAACUUUAAUCUUGAUUAAUCAUUUGACAGCCCUAGUUUAGCAUGACAUUUAUUGUUGAUAAAAUGCUCUUUAAACAGCGCUGCAAGAACGUUUUUGAUAACUUUGAGAGAACCUUUAUAGAACGUUAGAACAAAAGAAC